AAUUGCGCACUCACUCACCUUCUCCUAAAACGACACCAACGCUGCUGCCUCUAUCCUCUCUCCUUCUCUGAGCGCCACUACGUCUCCGGCCGUUCUCUCUGGCAACACAUCUCACUAUUUGAAGAACUCAUCUUUUACCUUCUCUAUCUCUCAAACCCCACGCCGAUUUCAUCUUUUUAUUCUUCAUCAACUUCCUUACCAAACCGAGUCUUUGGUUUAGCACUUUUGUUACCAUUAAUUCCAGCUAUAGCUUGGGUUCUUUAUAACAUUUUUCAACCAGCACUUAACCAAAUCAACCGAAUGCGUAACGAUAAAGGGGUUAUCAUUGGUUUGGGUCUUGGUGGAUUAACAGCUUCUUCAGGGUUUUUGUCACCACAAGAUGCAAUGGCUAGUGAAAUAGCUGCAAUUGCUGAAGCUGGUAGUAGUGAUAAUAGGGGUCAGCUUCUGUUGUUUGUGGUAGCACCAGCUAUUCUUUGGGUUCUUUACAAUAUUUUGCAGCCUGCUCUUAAUCAAAUCAACAGAAUGAGAUCAGAUUGAAACUUUUCUUUAUAUAUAAAAUAAAAAUUAGAUUUUUAUUUUUGUUGUUGCUGUGUGAUAUAUAUCAUUCAAUUCUCUUGUAACUUGUAUCUAAAGCUAUGUCUGUUUUUUGUUAGUUUUAUGUCUGGCCCUUCUUUUUUAUUUUAAUAAUUUCCUAUGUUUUGUUGUAAACUGUGAUUCUUUAAAAAAUAUACAUUGAAAUAAAUCAUACAAUUUACAUUUAUAUUCUCUAUUAGUAAAAACAAGCCAUAGUGCAUUUAGUAAAAGAAGAAGUUGUUAUAUAAAAUGGGAAGGAGGGAGUAUAAUAAAAGAAGAUUUUAAUUUCUUAAUCCCUAAUUAUUCUCUUUAGUGCCGUGCGACUGCUUCUACAAUCAGAGUUUAUCUCUUCUUCUUUCUAUCGCCGCGCCGCCCCUUCGCAGUUCUUAG